AUGCCUCAAAGACCCAACCGUGGGAACGACGCAACACUAACUCUGCCGGAAAUAAACUCGGUUGCAUUCCAGGCAGCAGUGUCCACUGCGGUCACUGCAGCACUUGUACAGAUUCGCAAUGGAAACAACGGAGAAGGCAACGGACAGGGAGCCGGAAGCACAAAUCAAGGAACAAACCACGGAGUCGCACGACCAUGCACAUACAAGGAUUUCACCAACGCCAAACCUUGGACCUUUAUUGGGAUAGGAGGUGUCAUAGCUCUGAAGAGAUGGAUUGAGAAAGUAGAGUCUGUUUUUGAAAUCUGCGGGUGUCCGGAUGAGUGUAAGGUCAAGUUCGCAGCCUGCACAUUCGUGGAACAAGCUCUCUCCUGGUGGAAUGGCCACAUAGAGGCCGUGACACUCCCGGUGGCGAACGUGAUGCCCUGGGAAGAGCAAAAGGAGAUGAUGCUAGCAGAAUACUGUCCUAGAGGUGAGAUUCAGAAGAUGGAACAAGAGUUGUGGAACCUCACGGUCCAAAACUCGAAUAUCGACGCAUACAUAUCCAGGUUUAAUGAGCUAUCUCUUCUGUGUCCCGGAAUGAUCACCUUAGAAGAGAAGAAGAUUGAAAGGUUUAUCUGGGGACUGACUGAACCUAUCCAAGGGAAUGUCAUUGCAGAAAACCCUAAGACAUUUGAUAGUGCCAAGAGACUGGCCAAGAAACUGUACGAUCACGGCAAUAAGAAGGGUGCCAAGAUAGUGGUAGCGGAGGUUAAGAAGGAAGAAGAGAACAAGAAGGGGAAGAACAACAAGCGAAAAGGAAAGAAAAACUCGGAAUCGUCUAAGAAGCAAAAAACAGUGUCUGUCCAUGCUGCAACACAAGCUACUGCCACACCACAUGUCCAGCCUCAUCCACACUGA